GGUUCAAAGACUUUCAAUUUAAAGCCUGACCAGAGAUAUAUGACUACACGCCAUUUUGCUGAAUUUCAUAAGAACUAUUUUCUUCCUCUUCUAGUUUUUCCCUCAUUUACUCAAAGGUUAACUGGAAGAGAUCUCUCAAAGGAAUAAGUUCGCCUUUGUACUUCACAUCUCAAUGUAUGCUAUUUUUUAAUGUGUUUUUGUACAAUAACGAGACUACUACUAUUUUUUUUCAUACUAAACUGAACUGUAACGUAACCCCAUAGGCCCAUACCUACCCCAGAACACCCCAGAAUAACAGCACCCUCCUGGUCCUGACAAUAGUCAUAUAUUUCUGGUCAGGCUUUACUUUGUAUACCCGGGCAAGCAGAUGUUGUCAGUAAUAAAAAAAUGGCUCGAAAUUCAAAUUUUCUAACAUUUUUAAAUUUGCCGCCUUUCUUGAGUGACAAGAUUUGAUUGACCAUCUUUAGGUAUUCAAUAUUGCCUUAAAAUAAACAAAUUAUAUUUUAUUCCUCACAGUUGCUAUUAGAAUAAUACUCCUAUAACUAAAACAAGUUUGAAAAUAGCAAACUGUUGACCAUAAUUCAAACGAGCAGAUUACUCAAGAGUCGUAUGGUAUAAUGGGCCAGUCUCAGAACCUACAUCAGAUGAUAUAAACUUGUGUUUAGCGUAUCCGAACUCAUUUGGCAAACUGAACUGACAUUGACAGGACAGACAUUAUUUUCUCAGUUCUAGUUAUAGUAAAUAUUAGUGACUCAAUUCUGUUCCUUAUUUUUUUGCAUAAUAUGUUGUAUUUUAGGUGUGGGUUGGUAAUUUUAGCAACUACAUACAUUGUGUCACUUUGUUCUCAGAUUGCGAAAGAAACAAACUCUUUAGACACAGGAUUCACAUUGCUCUAUGUGGCCAGCGGAGCUAUAGCUGGAAAAAUCAUCUAUGACCGUUACCGACAGAUCCACAUACUAGGCUCGCUAACCCCCAACCCGAAUGUGACUUCCUUCGCAAAUAAGAUAUCUUCCCUCUCGGCCUCACUCCUCUCGUUGGGCUUCCUGGUUUAUCUGUUUCUAUUUUUAUUGAAGGUUGAUAGUUAUGGCCUGACGGCGCUGAGUAUUUUUAUAUGCGGUUUUGGCACGUUAUACAUAUGGAUGCAGAGCUUGAUCACGACAUACCUCUCGACGUUGUACUACGACAAGGGUCUGACUACUCUCCGACAAUACCUGGCUAAUGUGAGCUUUCUAGUUCUACUUGUUAUGGCGAUAUUUGGCACUCUCGUCUCCGUUAUACCUAAAGGUAGACCGAGCGGAGUGCACGCUUGUCUUGUUGUCACUUCCAUGUGUAGUUACGUGUUGACUGCUAUAUUUUGCGUGUUUAUACUGUCUUUUGAAAAAGAGUACGAAUAUUUUUCUGAUGGUUUACGUUCGGAGAUGCUGCUAGAUGACGCUUGUUCAGUAACAAGCGGGUCCUUCUCGGACAUUAGCAUAUUUGGGACCCAACAAUCGAACCCCAGUACAGUCUUCAUAAAGGGCAACCCCGCAUCCACCAAGUCGUCUUGACCCGCGGCCGUGCCGCUCGGCACGAAAAACACAGCGCCACCUCUCAUAUACGGCAGCUUUGGUAAAACUAAUAUUAAGUGUGAAAAAACUGAACUUUUAUCACCCGACAGUGAUCAUAUAGAUAACGACAGUGGCAUGUCUUCCGAAGAGACGGACGACUCACUAAAGUACGACCUAAUUAAAGUAAGUAUAAGCAAUGACAUAAAGUGCCUAACUGAACCAGAAUUCGAUGCUAAAUGGAAUGAGAUUCCUUCUUGUUCAAACGUUAGUGUUAGUGUUGUUACCUCAGGGUUGGAAGAUACGGAUACAGUGUCUGUUGUGAUAGAGGCAUCGGAUGCCGAGGAUAAGAUAGGUACAAAUUGUGAUAACGUGACUAGUGUAGGUUCGAGCCAAAAUGUAGUUCCUGUGAGCAACGAGUUGAUGACGAGAGAGAGUCAGAAGCUGGUGAGUCUGUCUCUGUCUAUCCUGUUGGCGGCAUUGCUGCAAGCUAUGCGCUGCUUCGCCCAGUUUCUAGAGGAUAUUGUUGUGCCGCAGCGGUAAACUUUAUUCUCAGUUUUCGGAUACUAAAAUUAAUGACUCCUUGUGUUUAUGGUAUUUAGUGCCAGUUGCAUCAACCACAUUUGACAGACACAUCAUCAGCACGCUGUAGAGGUCUAUGGAAUUUCCCAUACAAUAAAAUUUAGCGAAUGCUUUAACGGAGACAGCCGGUGUGGUGCAACCGGCCCUUAGUGUUCAUCUUUUCAAAUACUCGUUUUAGAGGUACGGAAAGAUCCAUGGGAUGAAUGCACCGUAAUUAAUUCUUGAUUUCCAAAAAAAAAACAAUACAGGUCAAGUCAUAAUCAAGCAUGCGUGAAACGAAUGAGUGAAUAUAUGCAUGUGUGUGACAUUGACAUAUUAACCAAUAAAAUGGUAGCUCUUGACAGUUACGACUGUAUAUUGAUACAGAGGGCUAUUUGACUACAGUGACACUGACAAUUCUGUGCCUAUUUCUAGGUUGAUAAGAAUGAUAAUUAAUAUUAGACUUAUAUUGACCGGGAUAUAAACCGUGAUCAAAAAGGUAUGAUUUUUAUUCAGGUGAAAAUCAAAAAGGUAUGAUUUUUAUUGAGGAUCCGAUAUUUCGACGCAGUUGCAUGCACCUAAACACUUUUGCGGUGAGGGAGAAGAUACUCAUGUAUACCGCCGGCCCGUACCGACGGUUAUGUCCGACUCGGCUGGGAAUGGUGCCCAGCCGUCUACGGACUAAAAACUCCCCCACUUCGUGUACUGUCGUGUGUUUUUGUUUGGUGAGUGUUGAGGUUAGCUGGAGUGUUUGAUUGUGGUUGAAUUUAGGAAUAGUUGGCCCUCGCUAAUGAUACACACAACAUUGUUUCACGCGCGGCGUUAAUAUUUAUUUCCUUGUUGAACAGGCAAUGAACGGCGAAGGGUCACUGUCGGGCGACUAUUGUCACUCACUAUUGUGAAAUAGGCUACUGUAUCGAUAUGCAGUCGUAACUGUCAAGAGCUACCAUUUUAUUGGUUAUACUUCACGGUGGUAUUAUGGACCUUGUAGUUCAGUUUCAAGUGAGUCAAUUAUGUAUGAUAUCAUUUGGCAGUAGUAUUUAGUUAAAACUGAUCAUUUUGUGCUAUUUCGCAAUUUAUUAAGACAUUUUAGUAUCUGAAAACUUUAAAUAGUUAAGUGAUAUUGUGUUCCAUUGCAUUUUUGGUGCAGCAUUGAUUAGUUUAUAAUUGUGUAAUACGUAAACGUAUGUCAAUAUAUACUUGAUUACCGACUUGUAUGUAGGUAUGGUUUUGUUAAUCUCAAUAAAGUGAUCUACUUUUAAAUAUUA